AUGGAGUCUCCCAAUCACACUAGCCUGGAUCCUUCUAUGUUCUUCCUCCUGGGCAUUCCAGGUCUUGAGCAGUUCCACCUCUGGCUCUCACUCCCCGUGUGCUGCCUGGGUACAGCCACAAUUGUGGGUAAUAUAACCAUCCUGGUUGUUGUCAUCACUGAACCAGCCCUACACAAGCCUGUGUACCUAUUCUUGUGCAUGCUUUCAACUAUUGACUUGGCUGCCUCUUUCACCACGGUCCCUAAGCUACUGGCCAUCCUCUGGUGUGGGGCGGGACACAUCUCUUCCUCUGCCUGCCUGGCACAGAUGUUCUUCAUUCAUGCCUUCUGCAUGAUGGAGUCCACUGUGCUGUUGGCCAUGGCAUUUGAUCGCUAUGUGGCCAUAUGCCACCCACUUCGCUAUGCCACUAUUCUCACUGACACCAUCAUUGCCCGCAUUGGCGUCGCAGCUAUGAUGCGGGGCUCCAUGCUCAUGUUCCCAUGUCCUUUUCUCAUUGGACGCUUGAACUUUUGCAAAAGUCACGUGAUCCCACACACAUAUUGUGAACAUAUGGCUGUAGUGAAGCUCGCCUGUGGAGACACCCGGCCUAACCGUGUGUAUGGGCUAACAGCUGCGCUGUUGGUCAUUGGAGUUGACUUGUUCUGCAUUGGUCUCUCUUAUGUCCUCGUAGCACGAGCUGUCCUUCGCCUCUCAUCCCAUGAAGCUCGGUCUAAGGCCUUCGGGACCUGCGGUUCCCAUGUUUGUGUUAUCCUAAUCUCUUACACACCAGCCCUCUUCUCUUUCUUCACCCAUCGCUUUGGCCGGCAUGUGCCACUUCAUAUUCAUAUCCUUCUGGCCAAUGUUUACCUUCUCUUCCCACCUGCUCUAAACCCCAUAGUAUAUGGAGUUAAGACCAAAGAGAUUCGGGAAAGAGUUGUCAAGGUAUUUCAAAGAGGACAGGGAACAGGGGUCAAGGCAUUUGAGUGA